GGAGGACACUUCCCAGAAGGGGUCGUUUUGCUUUUGCUUAUUUCCAUCCAUUUCCCUCUCUGCGCGCGGAGCUUCCUUUUCCAGACGGUGAGAGCCGCGGGGACACCCGACGCCGGGGCGGGCUGAUCCACGAUCCUGGGUGUUCGUGACGCCGCCUGGGGCUCCGUGAGCGAGGGACGUGUGGGGACAGGUGCACCGGAAACUGCCAGACUGGAGAGUUGAGGCAUCGGAGGCGCGAGACCAGCACUACUGGGGCGGGACGAGCGCGGCGCAUCCCAAAGCCCGGCCGAGUGCGCUAGUGCCUGGGAGGGGAGGGAGGUGCGCCUGGAGCUGGGACAGGGCGGCGGCCAAGAAGGGGGAGGGUGGCUCUCAGGUAGAGAGUCUGGGCUUCGGGGACGGCGAGGAGGGGAGCCGGACAGGAGGAUGAGCUCCCCCGGCACCGAGAGCGCGGGAAAGAGCCUGCAGUACCGAGUGGACCACCUGCUGAGCGCCGUGGAGAGCGAGCUGCAGGCGGGCAGCGAGAAGGGCGACCCCACGGAGCGCGAACUGCGCGUGGGCCUGGAGGAGAGCGAGCUGUGGCUGCGCUUCAAGGAGCUCACCAACGAGAUGAUCGUGACCAAGAAUGGCAGGCGGAUGUUCCCGGUGCUGAAGGUGAACGUGUCUGGCCUGGACCCCAACGCCAUGUACUCCUUCCUGCUGGACUUCGUAGCGGCCGACAACCACCGCUGGAAGUACGUGAACGGGGAGUGGGUGCCCGGGGGCAAGCCGGAGCCGCAGGCGCCCAGCUGCGUCUACAUCCACCCCGACUCGCCCAACUUCGGGGCCCACUGGAUGAAGGCUCCCGUCUCCUUCAGCAAAGUCAAGCUCACCAACAAGCUCAACGGAGGGGGCCAGAUCAUGCUGAACUCCUUGCAUAAGUAUGAGCCUCGAAUUCACAUAGUGAGAGUCGGGGGUCCACAGCGCAUGAUCACCAGCCAUUGCUUCCCUGAGACCCAGUUCAUAGCGGUGACUGCUUAUCAGAACGAGGAGAUCACAGCUCUUAAAAUUAAGUACAAUCCAUUUGCAAAAGCUUUCCUUGAUGCAAAGGAAAGAAGCGAUCACAAAGAGAUGAUGGAGGAAACUGGAGACAGCCAGCAACCUGGGUACUCCCAAUCCUAUUCUGACAACUCACCUGCAUGUUUAUCCGUGCUGCAAUCCCAUGACAAUUGGUCCAGCCUCGGAAUGCCUGCCCAUCCCAGCAUGCUCCCCGUGAGCCACAAUGCCAGCCCACCUACCAGCUCCAGUCAGUACCCCAGCCUGUGGUCUGUGAGCAACGGUGCCGUCACCCCAGGCUCCCAGGCAGCAGCCAUGUCCAACGGGCUGGGGGCCCAGUUCUUCCGGGGCUCCCCCGCGCACUACGCACCCCUCACCCAUCCGGUCUCAGCGCCCUCUUCCUCGGGAUCCCCACUGUACGAAGGGGCGGCCGCGGCCACAGACAUCGUGGACAGCCAGUACGACGCUGCAGCUCAAGGCCGCCUCAUAGCCUCAUGGACACCUGUGUCGCCACCUUCCAUGUGAAGCAGCAAGGCCCAGGUCCCGAAAGAUGCAGUGACUUUUUGUCGUGGCAGCCAGUGGUGACUGCAUUGACCUACUAGGUACCCAGUGGCAGUCUCAUGGGUUAAGGAAGGAAAUGCAGCCUCAGUAACUUCCUUUUCAAAGCAGAGGAGAAGCACAGGCCGCGCUGUUCCCCGGAGUCCCAGCACCCCUUGCUCACACCUGCAGUAGCGAUGCUGUCCCAAGUGGCUUACAGAUGAAUCCACCUACGGAGAUGCUGCAGUCGGCCCAACCUGAUUCACAGUGAAAAGAUGUUUGCCAGGGUCCAGAGACUUUUUCUGGUUUAUUUCUUAUACGGUGUAUCGGCAACUUUGGCACACCAGAAUUUGUAAACUCCACCUGUCCUACUUUAGUGAGAUAAAAAGCACACUCUUAAUCUUCUUCCUUGUUGCUUUCAAGUAGUUAGAGCUGAGCUGUCAAGGACAGAAUAAAAUCAUAGUUGAAGACAGCAGGUUUUAGUUGAAUUGAAAAUGUGACUGCUCUGCCCGCUAGAAUGUGUGUAUUUGGAGCACAUGUAGCUAAUCUCUUGUGUUGUUAAACUAUAACCGUUUCAUACUUUUCUUUUGACAAAGUAGACAAAGACAAUCAGCAGAAAGCAUUUUCUGCAAAAUAAAUGCAAUAUGCAAAA